AGGUGUGUCGGAAAGAUAACCGAGUCCCAGCUGGGGCCACAGACUGCACUCCAGUUGUCUUUGGUGGUUUUCUGGUACUGACUUUUGAGAGCCAGCUCAUGAUCUCAGGAUGUAUGGAAAAACAAUAAUACUAACUGUAUUACUACUCUCAGGCUAUAGUUCCUCUCAACUAACUACUGAAAGUGUCUCAGUGACUCACGAAUCACCAGUAAGGGCCGUGACUGUUCAAUCACCACAUGUGGUUACCACAGAGGCCUUACCAUUCAACAUUCAUGGAGACGGACUACUUGAACACAUUUUUUCUGCGGGAGAGAUAACAGGGAUUGUGUAUGCAGUAAUGGCUGGUAUCAUCGGAACUAUCCUCUCAAUUGCCUUCUGUAUUAAACGACUAACAAAGAAAACUCCAUCUCCCUUGCAAACUGCACAACCAGAGGACGCAGAUCCUGAAAGUUCUGUAGAAACAAGAAAUCCAGAACAGUAAUUCAUGAGAAUCUGCUCAUCAAGCCAGAUUUUGGAAGAAGUCAAAAACACGAGACUUCAGUCAACUGAAAAAUGAAUGUGUGAAUUACACACUCCAACAUAGCAUAUACCUUCCUAAGCUGUAUGUACUUCAGGAUGAAAAUUUCAUUGUAAUGAGUCCAGUGACUCAGUGAUGGAAAAUGUCUGUAUUCAUUAGGUGUCUAUUUCAAAAUGUAGAACAAAUAUUUUCUUUCAUGUUUGCUUUUGUGUGUUAGCAUUAUUUUUAUAAUUAAUUGAUUUGGAAUUCUGAUCCCCAAACUUUGGUUGGCUUCAUCCGCAGUUAUUUACAAGUGAUUUAUUCUAUUUUAUUAUACUUUAAUGAUUGUGCUGUCGAAUGAAAGGCUUGUCACAUCUAGAUGAAACCUAAGUUCUCAUUCCAAACUUCUGCAUCUUGUCAUUGUUUUACAUAUAUUAAGGGACCUGAAAUCCUAAUAUUUCCCUCAUUGCAAGAUAGGGGAUUACACUGAUGAUGAUGAUGAUGAUGAUAUUUUAGUCACAUGAGUAAACCUUGUGUUUGGAGAUGCCUUCCAUACACACAUGCAUAAAAUCAUGAGUUAUAUGUAACGUAGAUAUAGAUGUAUAAAAUGACAUUCACAUUCCUUCUCUCAUACAUAAAACAACACAAAAAGUUUCUCCCAUGUUAAAAGGAAGCUUCAUGUGUGUAAAUGACCUAUUUAAAAGAGUUUGUCUGACAGUCGAGCAUUAACUCUUUCAGGGCACUGACAGAUGCAUUGUGUUCCACUGGAAGAGUUAUUUAUGUAAGAGGUCACAGUGUCCUGACAAAGAAAGGAAUUAAUGACUUUACCUUGCAGAGUUAGUAACCCUAUAAAUUCAGUAAGAUGUGCCAAUUUGACAAGCAGGUGAAUAUUUUAAUAAUUUGUACUGUGUUCUCAAUUGAAUUCUUUAAUCCAUCCAGUCCUACAUUCUCAUCUUAAUAAAGCUUUGGAAAUUAGCUUAAAUAAUCCAAAGGAAAUUUCUAGACAUGAGACUAAGGCUUUGUAACUACAUAGCUCUCACUCAUUUAUAGUAAAAUUUAAAAGGCAAUAUAAAAA